AUAGUUGAGCUGUGUACUUAAAAUCUUGAAAUGAUAAGGUUUUUGACGUGGCACUAAUUACAUAGAUAUUGUUUCUUGGCAUUAUAUACUAGUCGUCAGUUACAAACUGACGACAUGUACGUAUACAUAAGUUCUAGAUUAUGUGUACUGUUAUGGCCUAAAUUAUUUUAUUUCCACGUAUAUAGUGGUUGAUUAAUUAGUUGAUUCAGAAUUUACAGUAUUUUAAUAUAUUUUUUUGCACUCAGGUUUUGAAAUGAAUUCGCAAUUUGUGCCUGAUCAGUUUCAACAACAGUUUAACAUGCCAUCUUCAUCUGAACAACAGCAUAAUAGUCAGCACCAUCAAUUAUCAUUAAAUGAGCAAAUACCUGUACCCGAUAGAAAUGAUAGUCAACAAGGUUCAAGAACAUUUAUGAAUGGAACACAAAGUUAUUGUAAUCAAAAUACCUCCUCAUUUUUUAAAUUAAACGAAUCAAGUACAAGCAUUCCAAAUGAUAUGCAGUCCUUACAACAAAAUAUGAACCAUUUAAGUUGUAGAACUGAACUUUCUGAAAACCAUCAAAUAGAGCAAUCAUCAGCUUUUUCAUCUCAACCUUCAAAAUCUUUUACAUUAAAUCAGAAUGAGGUACAAUCUAAUACUGAAAGAUUUCCACAGACACCUAAUACUUUAUAUCAAAAUGGCUCUCCAAUAAACGUUUUCUCACAACAAACCAAUGUUACUCAAUUUUUAAAAUCCACUAGCGAUGCCUUAAAUAGAUCAUCUCCUUCAAAUAACUUAUUGAAUGGAUCUGAGCACUUAAAAACAAUUUCUAAUGAAUUGGAGUCAAAUAAGCAACAAGAAAUUUCAUCAAAUCAAGCAAAUGCUUUGGAUAAUACAAGUUUUUCCCAGCAGUCAAAUCAUAAAGUAGACCGGUCAAACAAUUCAUCUUUUAGUUCGGAAUUAACUCAAUUUCAGUCAAAUGCUUAUCAAAAUACUGAAUUACCAACUCAAGAUUCUAAUAGUGAGCACCGGCGACCAAGUUCUUCUCUUAAUGAACAGCCAAUUUCAUAUCCAGGUUUAACACUUUUAUCGAAUAAUGGUGAGCAACAAGUAAUUUCACCACAAUCAGGCCAACCAGUACAAUCUAGAAUAAUUCCAAGUCAAUCGGGAAUCCUUCCUAUGCCGAAUCUUACUACACAACAACUUGGAUUUUCUUCGCAACCUGUUCAGUUUCAACAAAACUCUGGGGUUUCCCAACAGUCUGUUUUAACGCCCAACUGUUUAAAUGCUCAAAAUUCUAAUAAACAAGGAUUUUUACCACAGCAUGAUGGUCCUUCUGUUGUUCAACAGUCAGGAUUUACUCCUCAACCAAAAUCAGUUUCACAACAACCAGGAUUUCUUCCACAACCAAAUUCUAUGCCCCAACAACCAGGGUUUUCACCACAACCAAGUUCUACACCACAACAACAUCCAGGAUUUCCUUCACAGUCAAAUUCUGUAUCACAACAAUUGAGUUUACCUCCACAGUUGAAUUCUAUGUCCCAACAACCAGGUUUCCCAUCACAAUCAAAAUUAACACCACAACAACCAGGAUUCCCUCCGCAGCCAAAUUCUACACCACAACAACAUUCAGGAUUUCCUCCACAACCAAACUCUAUGUCUCAACAACCAGGUUUUCCCUUACAGCCUAGUUCUGUGUCCCAACAACCAGGGUUUCCAUCCCAACAGCCAAGAUUUCCUCCACAAUCAGGAAUUCCAUCACUACAACAGUCAGGGUUUCCGCCACAGCAUAAUUCUGCAGAUUCACAACAGGGUUUCCCACUACAACCAAAAGUAAUGCCACAACAACCAGGGUUUCCACCACAAUCAAAUUCUAUGCUCCAACAACCAGGGUUUCCACUACAACCAAGUUCUACACCACAACAACAUCCAGGAUUUCCUCCACAACCAAAUUCUAUGCUCCAACAACCAGGGUUUCCACCACAACCAAGUUCUACACCACAACAACAUCCAGGAUUUCCUCCACAACCUAGUUCUACACCACAAAAAUAUCCAGGAUUUCCUCCACAACCGAGUUCUACACCACAACAACAUCCAGGAUUUCCUCCACAACCUAGUUCUACACCACAAAAACAUCCAGGAUUUCCUCCACAACCGAGUUCUAUACCACAACAACAUCCAGGAUUUCCUUUACAGUCUAAUUCAGUAAUGCAACAACCAGGAUUUCCUCCACAGCCAAGUACUGCAUUACAAAAUCAGCCUGGAUUUCCUCCUAAGUCAAGUUCAGUUUUACAACAACCAGGAUAUCCACCAAUUUCUGCUUCUCAAAAUUCAAGCACAAUAUCUCAGUCUAGUGUAUCUCAACAACAGUAUGGAUUCCCACCUCAACCUAAUGUGGCUGUACAACAACAAGGAUUUGGAUUACAAACUAAUCUCAAUCAAUCAACUCCCAAUUUUCCACCCCAACCAAUUAUAAAUUCACCAAGCUCUAGUAUUCCUCCAGUAAAUAAUUCCCAACAACCUGGUUUUCCACCAAUGCCUAAUAUAAAUUCACAACAAUCAGGAUUUCAAUUACAAACGAACACUGCUUCUCAACUUCCAGGAUUUCCUCCUCAAUUAAGCUCUCAACAACCUGGAUAUUUACAACAACAAGUUUUUCCUAGUCAGUCAUUACCAUCUCAACAAUCAGACUAUCAACAACCGGGAUUUCCUCCAACUCAGGGUAGUUAUCCUCCUCAACAACAAAAUUAUCUUUCACAACAGCCAGGUUAUCCACAAAGUACCCCAGCUUAUAUGGGACAACCAGCACCAAAUAGAAGAUUAGAUCCAGAUCAAAUGCCAAGUCCAGUUCAAGUUAUGGAAGAUGAUCAACAAAGCAAAGGUGGUUGGUUUUUAACCAACCAAAGAGGCCUGGUUCCUCCUUUAGUGACAACAGACUUUACGUUUCAAGAUGGGGGUAAUGCUUCACCUAGACUUAUUAGAUCAACUAUGUAUUGUGUGCCUACAACAACUGAUAUUAUGAAACAGACUUCUGUUCCAUUUGGAUUAGUUAUUAGUCCAUUAGCUAAAACAAAAUCAGAUGAGUAUCCUCCUCCUAUUAUAAAUACAGGAGAUAUAGGUCCAGUCAGGUGUAAAAGAUGUAAAGCUUAUAUGAGUCCAUUUAUGCAGUUUAUUGAUGGGGGAAAGCAUUUUGUUUGUCUUUUAUGUAAAGCAUCUACAGAAGUUCCAGUUGAAUAUUUUCAACAUUUGGAUCAUACUGGUCAACGCCUUGAUCGCGCUGAGAGACCUGAACUAUGCUUUGGUUCUUAUGAAUUUGUUGUUCCCAAAGAAUAUUGUAGGAAAGAAGUACAACCAAAACCACCAGCAUAUGUGUUUGUAAUAGAUGUGUCCUACAAUAAUAUGAAGUCUGGACUAGUAAGAUUGAUUUGUGCAUUUAUGAAAGAAUUACUUACACAAUUACCAACUGAGCUAGGAGAUGAAAAAAGCAAAAUACGUGUUGGUUUCAUUACAUAUGACACAAAUGUUCAUUUCUAUAAUAUAAAGGAAACACUUGCUGUCCCUCAGAUGAUGGUUGUUGGUGAUACUUCUGAAAUGUUUAUGCCUUUAUUGGAUGGAUUUUUAUGUGAUCCUGAAAAGUCUUCACAUGUCAUUGAUGCUUUAAUGGAACAAAUACCAGUGCAGUUCAAUGAAACACGUACAACAGAUACUAUGCUUUAUCCUGCUAUUAAAGCUGGAGUAGAAGCAUUAAAGAAUGCAGAUUGUUGUGGUAAAUUGUUUGUAUUCCAUUCAUCUUUGCCAAUUGCUGAAGGACCUGGUAAACUUAAAAAUAGGGAAGAUCGUAAAUUGCUUGCCACUGAUAAAGAAAAAUCAAUUUUGAAUCCACAAACUAACAUUUAUAAUGAACUGGGGGAAGAAUGUGUUCAAGCUGGUUGUAGUGUAGACCUCUUUAUCACUAACAACUCUUACAUUGAUUUAGCUACAGUUGGUCAAGUGUCAAGAAUAAGUGGUGGUGAAAUAUAUAAAUAUACAUAUUUUCAAGCUGAAUAUGAUGGUCAACGCUUCUUAUCUGACUUAAAACGUAACAUUAGCCGUCCUACUGUAUUUGAUGCUGUUAUGCGUGUAAGAACAUCUACUGGAGUUCGUCCAACAGAUUUUUAUGGUCAUUUUUAUAUGUCUAAUACCACUGAUGUAGAGCUAGCAGCUAUUGACUGUGAUAAAGCUAUUGCUAUUGAAGUAAAACACGAUGAUAAACUUGAAGAACAAGAUGGUGUUCUUAUUCAAACUGCUAUGUUAUAUACAUCAUGUAGUGGACAAAGACGAGUUCGUAUAUUAAAUGUGGCCUUGCGCUCUAGUGGACAAAUGGGAGAAUUAUAUCGUAGUUGUGAUUUAGAUACAAUCAUGAAUUUCUUUGGAAAACAAGUUAUGUAUAAGAUUUUGGAAAGUUCAGGACGCCAAGUAAAAGAUGCAAUUAUUAAUAAGACUGCUCAAAUAUUAGCUACUUAUAGAAAACAUUGUGCAUCUCCUUCCUCUGCUGGUCAACUUAUUUUGCCGGAGUGUAUGAAACUUAUGCCUCUUUAUUUAAAUUGCUUAAUAAAGAGUGAUGCAAUGUCUGGUGGUCCUGAUAUGACUGUAGAUGACCGUUGGUACAAUAUGCAUUUAGUGAUAACUGCUGAUAUACCUACAACAUUAGGCUAUUUUUAUCCUCGUUUAAUUCCAUUACAUACACUUGAAAAUGAAACUAAUUUAGAUGAUGUAUCCAUACCUAGUCAAUUACGAUGUUCUAUUGAGAAAUUUGCUAAGGAAGGAGCAUAUAUUCUAGAAAAUGGUGUUUAUAUGUUCUUAUGGCUGGGUAUGAAUUUAAGUCAAACUUUUUUGUCUGAUGUAUUUGGAGUACACAAUAUUUCGCAAAUUAAUACUGAACGUUCAGAUGUACCUGUUAUGGAUAAUCCAUUAAAUAAAGCUAUAAGGGAAAUUAUAUCUAAAAUUCAACAGGAACGAAGUCAUACAAUGAGAUUAUCUAUCUUAAAACAAAAUGACAAAAUUGAAACAGUUAUGAGACAUUUCUUAGUUGAAGACCAUGGUAUUGAUAACAGCCCAUCUUAUGUAGAAUUUCUGUGUCAUAUGCAUAAAGAAAUACGUAAUUUAUUAAGUUAGCAAAUGCAAAACUGGUGAUUGAUGGGAUCAUUAAAGGAAAGAAACAAUACAAUUACUGAAAAUACUUAUUCUUCAUUUAGCUUAUGAUGCACAAUUAUUAUUGUUGUUAUAGUAAUCAUGUAACAGAUGUAAACACAGUUUUAAAAUAUCUGUUGUUAUUACUUUUAUUAUAUUAUUAUUUUUAAAUUUUA